AUGUCUUCUUCGACAUUGAAGCUCUCUUCGCUUCUCUUAUCCUCAUCCUCUCUAUCUUGCUCACCGUCAUCUUCCUCGUAUUCUCUUACGCCGUCGUAUGCUCCGCCGCCCCCUUUCCUCCGAUUCCCGAGGAAGCUGCCCAAUUACAGAGGAAAAUUCUCAGUCGUCAGAGCAACUGGAAGUGACAAGAAUAGCGCGCCUAAUGCCGGCGAUUCUAAACCCCUUAACGGGACUCUGCCUAAGAGCAGACGAGAGAUACUGUUGGAGUACGUGCAGAAUGUGAAGCCUGAAUUCAUGGAGUUGUUUGUCAAAAGGGCGCCUCAGCAGGUAGUUGAUGCUAUGCGCCAAACUGUGACAAAUAUGAUUGGAACGCUACCCUCACAAUUUUUUGCUGUGACAGUUAGUACUGUCGCUGAAAACUUGGCCCAGCUAAUGUACAGUGUUUUGAUGACUGGGUACAUGUUUAGGAAUGCCCAGUACCGGUUGGAAUUGCAACAGAGCUUGGAACAAGUUGCUCUUCCCGAACCGCAAGAAGAGAAGGAUGUGCCAGAUUAUGCCCCGGGCACGCAGAAAAAGGUGUCUGGUGAAGUUAUUAGGUGGAACAAUGUGUCAGGUCCCGAGACAAUCGAUGCUGUAAAAUACAUUGAGCUACUUGAAGCAGAAAUUGAGGAACUCAAUCGCCAGGUCGCAAGAAACUCUUCAAACGGACAGAAUGAACUGUUGGCCUAUCUCAAAACUCUGGAGCCUCAAAAUCUCAAGGAGCUAACAAGUAGCGUCGGGGAGGAUGCUGUGGCGGCAAUGAACACAUUUAUAAAACGCCUGUUGGCUGUUUCUGAUCCUAGUCAGAUGAAGACCAGUGUGACAGAGACAAGUGCCCCUGAACUUGCGAAGCUACUUUAUUGGCUUAUGGUCGUUGGUUAUAGCAUCCGGAAUAUCGAAGUUCGUUUUGACAUGGAACGGGUGCUUGGUGCUCCACCAAAACUGGCUGAACUUCCGCCGGGAGAGAACAUUUAG